GCGCAGACCGCUCCGCAGGCGCGACGGCACCUUCAACUACAGCCCGGACGUGUACUGCUCCAAGUACGACGAGGCCAGCGGCGUGUGCCCCGACGGCGACGAACGCCAGCUUCGUGCUGGGCAGCUACAAGACGGAGCCGUGCCCGAAGCCACCGCGCCUGUGUCGCCAGGGCUAUGCCUGUCCGCACUACCACAGCAGCAGGGACCGGCGGCGGAGCCCACGGGGGUUCCAGUACCGGUCCACACCGUGUCCCAGCGUGAAGCACGGUGACGAGUGGGGGGAGCCUGCGAGGUGUGACAGUGGGGACAGUUGUCAGUACUGCCAUUCCCGUGCGGAGCAGCAGUUCCACCCGGAGAUCUACAAGUCCACGCAGUGCAACGACAUGCGCCAGACCGGCUACUGCCCGCGCGGCCCCUUCUGCGCCUUCGCGCACCUGCAGAAGAGCGCCGGGACGGCCAACGGCUGGAGCAGCCCCGCGGCCGGCAGCGGCCGGCCUGCUCACAACCACCUGGCAGUGUCCGCAGUGGCCCAUCCGCUCGCCCCCAGCCUGGGUUCCAGCGUGGCCUCCGGCGCCGGCUCCGGCAGCUCCUCCCCGGCCGCCCUGCCCGCCGCCCCCUGCGCCCACCUGCCCGAGCCCGCCCCAGGUUGUGCUCUGGAUCUCCAUCCUGGUGACGUCAGCCUUGCGCCCCUAGACACAGAGCCAGAGGAGCAUGACCUGGGUGACCUGGGACCAGCAGGUCCGCGGUCGCCGGGGGGCUCCGCCCCCGUCAGCACCCCAGGCCGCCCGCCCUGCCCCCCGUCCCUGCUGUCAUCCUCGCUGCCCUCCUCCCCGCUCAGCUCACUGGCGGGGCCGCUCGUCUGCUCGGCCAUGACGCCCCCCCAGCAGCCGCCGUCCCUGAAGUCAGAGCCCGGCGCGCUGGGCCCCUCAGCGGCCUCCUACAGCUCCUUAGGCUUGAAUGGUGUCCCCGGGAGCAUCUGGGACUUUGUCUCCGGCAGCUUCUCUCCCAGCCCGUCCCCCAUCCUCAAUACCGGCCCUGCCCCCGCCUCAAGUGCCAGCCCGAACAGCACGGAGCUAGCCCGGGUCAGGCGGCAGCUGGACGAGGCCAAGAGGAAGAUCAGGCGGUGGGAGGAGUCCUGGCAGCAGGUGAAGCAGGCCUGCGACGCGUGGCAGCGGGAGGCCAAGGAGGCCAAGGAGCGGGCGCGGGCGGCCGACAGCGCGCGGCAGCAGGCGCUGCAGAAGAAGGAGGAGGUGGAGGCCCGCUUCCGGAGGCUGCAGGAGGAGCUGGAGGGCCGCGGGCAGGGCCCCGCGCUCCCGGGCCUGCAGCGCUGUGCCGACCUGGGCGCCGUCCCGCUCCCCAAGCUGCACUCACUGCAGAGCCGCCUGCGCCUGGAUCUGGAGGCCGUGGACGGGGUGAUCUUCCAGCUUCGAGCCAAGCAGUGCGCCGUGUGCCGAGAGCGGGCCCGCGGUGCCCUGCAGCCCUGCGCCCCGGGCGCGUCCCCCUGCGCCUGCUGCGAGGGCCAGCCGCUCCCGUGGUGACCGCCGCGGCCCCUCGGGCGCCCAGGGACGACGCACCUGGACCCGGACCAGCACUUUGAAACGGAGGAUUGAGAUGUUCUGAGUUGCUGUAAGCUGCUUUCUAGGUUCGUGGGUGGUUUUUACACAGUGGCAUGAAGCUUUACGUGUACUGAGCUAAGGACGCUUCCUGUCCGUCUGUCCCCGGUGCGGUACUGACCUUCGAUUUCCGCUCUAAAAUCAGUACUUCCAAAAUGAGCGUUUAUCUAGUAGUGAGAAGCACCUAGGACUUCUUAAUAGUUUCCAGAUUAAGUGCAAACACAGUAUUUAUAGCAGUGAGACUGAAAGACGCACGUUUAGGAUUUUAAUUCUGUGCGAGGGACGCGCUUGGUUGCGUGCACGCGCACGCCUGGAGGCUUAUAUUCCGGGGCCACAGGCCGGCGCCGCGGCCACUUGUCCAAGUGCCUGAGCCUCGCAGGAGGAGCGGAGGCGGCCCUCCCGCGGUCGGAGUGACCAGCACGCCGAGGCCCCCGCGUGGAGGCCCCCAGGGCCAUCUCACAAAGCUGGGCGGCGGCCCGAGGCUGGGGACUCGCUCGUGCCCCUCGCUGCGACCGCACAGACGCCCGCCGGGACCCUGCCCGCGAGGGAGGGGCUCACCGGCUGCGCGCAGCCCGGGUAUUACCGGGGCCGCAGAGGGACCCUGGCCGGCCGGUCGUGGCGGCCACGCUCCCGAGAACCGGUCUGCUGCUGGUGAGGACUGGAAUCUGCUCUGGUCUGCACUGGGUCAUUUUCCCUAGAAAUCUGGGGAGACGCAGACACUUGUCCCCCAGGCCAUCUAGACGGCGGCCGGGUCUUUCCCGAAUCUGCCGCUGCGGCGGAGCGGUCACGGCCCCUCAGGCCCACCUGUGGCUUUGCCAAAGACUUUUAAUAGCAUUUUUUAAAGUGCAAAACGGCUCGGUAAAAAUUAUCAGUGACCAAAUAUUUGCUAUAUAAUAAGAGGUUUAAGACGUUUUUUAACGUAAAACGAAGUGCUAGUUCUGUCACGUAAAGGUGGGUCCCGGCGAGUCCACUACUAACGGUGACCAGUGACUUGGUUUUAGUGAAUCUACUUGUUUUUAAUGAUAGUGAUAAUGAUUUAUUAGCUCUUAGAAAUGACGUAUAUUUUGUGCUACUGUCAUCAAUGUUUAAAAUUAUUUUUAUUAAUAUUUAUGCACUUGUUUCACAUCUUAGACCUUUGGUCUUUUAUGGGAAACAGAACGUGUCUCUGUGGAUGGGCGGCCGAGCGCUGGCGCUGUCAGGGGACAGAGUGGGGACGGCUCGCACAGGCGGGUCCCUCCCCUACUCCCCGGCGGCCCAUCCAGCCUCCCGCUGCUGCGGACCUGGGGCUGGCAGGCGCCCUCAGCCCAGUGUGGACACGUGAUGUGGAUUAAUUUAUGGAAGCCUCAAUCUAUGUCUGUUCGGAGUAUUUAGAGAUGUUACUGGAAUGAAUUUUCUUAACCCAGAAGGUAGUAUUUAUAACCCAUAAUCAUUUACUUGUAGUGAACUGUUCAAAGUUAACACUUGUUUAAAUUUUUUACACUAUAGCAUUUAUGCAAUGGUUUACAGAAUUCAUGGAAUUAUUUUUAUCAGUAUGGAACUUAAUUAAAAACCUUGAAUCUUUA